UCCUGUUCCACAGGGAGCAUCUGCACCUCCCCAGCUCUCCCUGCAUUGCAAUGCAGCUUUCUGGAGCACAGCCAGCUGUAGAAUCCCCCGAGGCCCUGUGCAGCAGCCCCUGGAGGAGCGAAUCUUCACGCCCACCGUCUCUGCUGUCUACAGCACCUUUAUCUCCACACAGGUGACCCAAGUAGCAAGACAGCCUGGCCCUCCUGCCCCUUCCCCUUACACUGCACAUGAGAUAACCAAGGGACACCCAAACCUUGCUGCCACGCCGCCGGGACAUGCCUCGUCCCCUGGGCUGUCACAGGCUCCUUACCCCUCAGGACAGAAUGCAGCUCCAACCACGUUGGUGUACCCUCAAGCCCCUCAAACAAUGAACCCCCAGCCUCAGACCCGCUCGCCGUUUGCAGCGGGGCCUCGACCUGCCCAUCACCAGGGAGGAUUCAGACCCAUACAGUUUUUCCAGAGGCCUCAGAUCCAGCCUCCCAGAGCCACCAUCCAGAACAGCAGCCCUUCCAUCCGUCCUGGUGCGCAGACGCCGACCGCGGUCUACCAAACCAACCAGCACAUCAUGAUGGUCAAUCACCUGCCAAUGCCCUACCCGAUGCCUCAGGGCCCCCAGUACUGUAUCCCACAGUAUCGUCACAGUGGCCCUCCCUAUGUUGGGCCCCCCCAGCAGUAUCCAGUUCAGCCACCAGGACCAGGGCCCUUUUAUCCAGGACCAGGUCCUGGAGAAUUCCCCAAUGCCUAUGGAACACCUUUCUACCCAAGUCAGCCAGUCUACCAGUCUGCACCCAUCAUAGUGCCUACACAGCAGCAGCAGCCUCCACCAGCCAAAAGGGAGAAGAAAACGAUCCGGAUCCGGGAUCCCAACCAGGGAGGCAAAGACAUCACAGAGGAGAUCAUGUCUGGAGGGGGCAGCAGGAACCCAACACCUCCCAUCCUCAGACCUACUUCCACACCUACUCCACCUCAGCAGCUGUCCAGCCAGGUCCCUGAGCACAGCCCUGUGGUCUAUGGGACCGUGGAGAGCACCACCCACCUCGCUGCCAGCACCCCCGGCACGGUGACCAGCACCCCCAAGCAAGAAGAGAAGCCAAAACCAGAUCCAGUAUUAAAACCACCUCCAGUCCUCAGAGCUGAACCUGCUGGGGAGAGGAAAGAUCAAGCUGGCCCGACGGCCGAGGCCGCCUCGGUGGAAACCUGCCCAGACCUUCCUCUCGCUCCAUGCCCCAGCCCGGCCGCCGCCGUUCCCGGCAAACCUCCCCCCGCGGCUGACCCGGAGGAGAAGAGCGAACCGGCGCCCCCGAGAGAGGAGGCGCUGCCGGCGCCCCGCUCCGACACGCCGGAGCCCUCGCCCGCGGAGGAGGGAGGCUCCGGGGCCCGCCAGGAGCCCUGCGGCGCCGCCGCCGGCCCCGCGCCCGCCGCCAGCCCCGCGCCCGCCGCCGCCGGCCCCGCGCCCGCCGCCGCCAGCCCCGCGCCCGCCGGCCCCGGGCGGAGCGGCGAGCCCAGCGGCGGGGACAGAGGGACUGCCGCCGAGGGCGCGGCAGAGGCUGCCCCGGCAGAGGCUGCCCCAUUGACUGUAGAGUCGGAGCCACCAGAAGCGCCCCCAGCAGAAGCGGAAAGCGUGCCAGCAUCGUCCGCUGCGCCGCAGGCUGCGCCGCAGGCUGCUCCCUCUCCGCCGCCCACCCCGCCGCCCACCCCGCCGCCGCCCUCUCCUCCCACUUCCGUUGCUGCUGCUGCUGCUGUUACCACUACAACUCCUUCUCCACCUCCUCUCCCGUCUCCUAGUGCCCUCCCUGUUGUUCAGGGGGAUGUAGAAGGAGAGGAGAGCACAAGAACUACUCUUAAUGAAGAGGUAAAAGAUGCUGAGAAGAAGGAAGAGACAGAAGCAGAUGGGCAGCUGGAGGAGAGCCUGGAGGCUCCCAGCUUAAACUUGAGCAAGAGUCCUGUCCCAGCCCCAACAGCUCUAACUGCACCAAAGACGUGGAAGAAACCAAAAGAGCGACCCCAAGGCACUGAGGAGGUGACAGAGGCAGACACAGAGCCCCAGGGAGAAGAGGAGCUUGUGGGUGACAAAGUACUUGAAUCCGAGCAGGAGAAAAUGAGCCCUGGCUUGCAGCUGGAGAGAGCCUGCCCUGGGCUGCAGAAGGCAAAGGCUGUGGAGGAGAAUGGGGAGCAGGAGGCAGAGCCUGUGCGCAACGGCGCCGAGAGCGUGGCGGAGGGAGAGGGAGCCGAGGCCAACUGCGGCUCCCCGGAGAGCUCCAGCGACCUGCCCCUCUGCCACUACAAACCAGAGCAGUGGAAGCCCCUGGACCCAGAGGGCAAGAAGCAGUACGACAGGGAGUUCCUGCUGGACAUCCAGUUCCUGCCUGCCUGCAUCCAGAGGCCUGAGGGGCUGCCUCCCAUCAGUGAUGUGGUCCUGGACAAGGUCAACCAGCCCAAGCUGCCCCUGCGGACCCUGGACCCCCGGAUCCUGCCCCGAGGCCCUGACUUCACUCCGGCCUUCGCUGACUUCGGGAGGCAGACCCCGGGGGGCAGAAACGUUCCUGGAAGUGCCUGCAAAGUGCAGAGCAGCCCUGGAUUGCCCUCCCUGGCUCGCUGUGGGUCCCCAGCAUGCCCUCUCUUGGUCUCGCCUCACCCCCCAUUGAGGAACCUGCCACUAGGGUUGUUGAAUGUUGGACCAAGGAGAUCUCAGCCAGGCCAGAGGAGAGAGCCCAGGAAGAUCAUCACUGUGUGUGUGAAGGAGGAUGUCCACCUGAAGAAGGCAGAGAAUGCCUGGAAGCCAAGCCUGAAGAGGGAGAACCAGACAGAGGACCCAGAAAACGUCAAGACUCAGGAGCUGUUCCGCAAGGUCCGAAGCAUCCUGAACAAGCUGACGCCGCAGAUGUUCAACCAGCUGAUGAAGCAAGUGACAGAUCUGACAGUGGACACAGAGGAGAGGCUGAAGGGAGUCAUUGACCUGGUCUUUGAGAAGGCCAUCGAUGAGCCCAGCUUCUCCGUGGCCUACGCCAACAUGUGCCGCUGCCUCGUGACGCUGAAGGUGCCGAUGGCAGACAAGCCUGGCAGCACGGUCAACUUCCGCAAGCUGCUGCUCAACCGCUGCCAGAAGGAGUUCGAGAAGGACAAGGCUGACGACGACGUCUUCGAGAAGAAGCAGAAGGAGCUGGAGGCUGCUACCACUCCCGAGGAGAAGACGCGGCUCCACGACGAGCUGGAGGAGGCCAAGGACAAGGCCAGGCGGAGGUCCAUCGGCAACAUCAAGUUCAUUGGGGAGCUCUUCAAGCUGAAGAUGCUGACAGAGGCCAUCAUGCACGACUGCGUGGUGAAGCUGCUCAAGAACCACGACGAGGAGUCCCUGGAGUGCCUCUGCCGCCUGCUGACCACCAUCGGCAAGGACCUGGACUUCGAGAAGGCAAAGCCCCGCAUGGAUCAGUAUUUCAAUCAGAUGGAGAAGAUUGUGAAGGAGAGGAAAACGUCCUCCAGGAUUCGGUUCAUGCUGCAGGAUGUCAUAGACCUGAGGCUGUGCAACUGGGUGUCAAGAAGAGCAGACCAGGGCCCCAAGACCAUUGAGCAGAUUCAUAAAGAGGCCAAGAUUGAAGAGCAGGAAGAGCAGAGGAAGGUCCAACAGCUCAUGACCAAAGAGAAGAGGAGGCCAGGUGUGCAGAGGGUCGAUGAAGGUGGCUGGAACACUGUGCAGGGGGCAAAGAACAGCAGAGUGCUGGACCCCACCAAGUUCCUUAAAAUCACCAAGCCCACAAUAGAUGAGAAGAUUCAGCUUGUGCCUAAAGCCCAGCUGGGCAGCUGGGGAAAGGGCAGCAGCGGUGGAGCCAAGGCGAGCGAGAUGGACUCCUUACGACCAAGUGCCACUAGUUUGAACAGGUUCUCUGCCCUGCAGCCCCCAGGCUCAGCUGUGUCUGCCUCACCUGCAGCUGCAGAGCUGGACUCUCGCAGGGCCUUAACGAGCCGCGGCAGCACCGGCAGGGAGAAGAACGACAAAGCUCUGCCGCCGGCCCUGGCCCGCCCCAACACCUUCCUGCGGGGCAGCGGCAGCAAGGAGCUGCUGCUGGACAACCAGGCGCAGGAGGAGCAGCGCAGGGAGAUGCUGGAGACGGUGAAGCAGCUGACGGGAGGCGUGGAGCUGGAGAGGAGCGGCGCGGAGGCAGAGCGCAGCAGAGCCAAGGAGCCCGCCAAGCCUGAGGCUCCCCAAGCUCCAGCACAAGAAAAACCUUCCCUGUCAGAAGAGGAGGUAGAGAGAAAAUGCAAAUCCAUCAUUGAUGAGUUCUUGCAUAUUAAUGAUUUUAAGGAGGCGACGCAGUGCGUGGAGGAGCUGAGCGCCCGGAGCCUGCUGCCUGUCUUCGUGCGAGUGGGAGUGGAGUCGACGCUGGAGCGGAGCCAGCUCACCAGGGACCACCUGGGCCAGCUCCUGCACCAGCUGGUGCAGGCAGGCAAGCUGAGCAAGCAGGACUUCUUCAAGGGCUUCUCAGAGACCUUGGAGCUGGCAGACGACAUGGCCAUCGACAUCCCCCACAUCUGGCUGUACCUGGCUGAGCUGGUGACCCCCAUGUUAAAAGAAGGAGGAAUCUCUAUGAGAGAACUUAUACAAGAAUUUAGCAAACCUUUGCUUCCUGUGGGAAGAGCUGGGGUCUUGCUUGCUGAAAUCUUGCACCUUCUAUGCAAACAAAUGAGCCAUAAGAAAGUGGGAGCCUUAUGGAGGGAGUCUGGCCUCAGCUGGAGGGACCUCCUGCCCGACGGGGAGGACGUGCAGACCUUUCUCCUGGAGCAAAAGUUGGACUUCACCGAGUCUGACAGCUCCAGUCCCUCAGAAGCACUUUCAGAGAAGGAACUCUCUGCAGAGGAGCUGAGCAAGCAGCUGGACAAACUCAUUGUGGAGGACAAGGCCAAUGAUGAGCAAAUCUUUGACUGGGUAGAGGCUAAUCUAGAUGAGAGCCAGAUGAGUUCACCUACAUUCCUUAGAGCUUUAAUGACAGCAGUUUGUAAAGCAGCUAUUAUAGCGGACUCUGCCAGCUUCCGCGUGGACACCGCGGUGAUCAAGCAGAGAGUGCCCAUCCUGCUCAAGUACCUGGACUCAGACACAGAGAAGGAACUACAAGCACUUUAUGCACUACAAGCAUCAAUAGUAAAACUUGAUCAGCCUCCUAAUCUGCUGAGGAUGUUUUUCGACUGCCUGUACGACGAGGAGGUGAUUUCAGAGGAUGCCUUCUACAAGUGGGAGAGCAGCAAGGACCCAGCGGAGCAGAACGGGAAAGGGGUGGCGCUGAAGUCCGUCACUGCCUUCUUCACCUGGCUGCGGGAGGCGGAGGAGGAGUCGGAGGAUAAUUAAGCCCCGCUCGGAGGCCCCGGGAGGAGCCGGAGGAGCAUUAAGGCUUCAAAACAAAAACCCCACCGAGGGGAGCGAGGAAACAAAGACAGACAGAGAGACAAAAGCAAGCCAAUUACAAACAUUAAAGAAACAAAACAAA